CCCCCCACUUCCACCCUUCUCUCUGCGCCCCCCCCCCGUCUCCUCAUUCCGCGAUGCCGCCGCGCAGGAAGCUUCAGCCUCAGUCGCGGCCGAGCGCGAAGCGCGGCCGCCGGGGGAGCGCGGGGCGAGCCCGAGCCCAGGAGCUGCACGGGGAGUCCGGGGAGGAUGCGGGGGAGGAGGAGGCCCACAACGCGGCCCCGGAGACGCCGUUCGGGCCCCGGGAGACGGUGCUGCUGAAAGGGGCUCAAGUGUCCGGGCAGCUGCUGAUCUGCGGAGCGACCAAUUGGGACCUGAUUGGCCGCAAGGAUGUGCCCAAACAACAUGUUGCCUACAAGAACCUGGGAGUUUCCCUGUGGGGGCCGCACCGCUACGGCUGUCUGGCCAAGGUGCAUGUGAGCAGUGUGGUGUCGGGCCCAACGGCCUGCCACUGUCUGCUUCUCACCGAUCUCGGGCAGGUCUACACAUGGGGCCGAGGAGAUAAAGGCCAGCUGGGGCACGGGGACUUGAAGCGCGUGGAGGCCCCGCGGCCUGUGGACGCGCUCUUCAAGUUCACGGUCGUGGCGGCAGCGUGUGGGCGGAGCCACACUCUCUGCAUUACCGAGACUGGGGUGGUGCUGGCGUUUGGAGAAAAUCACCUGGGACAGCUGGGGCUCGGCACAAAGAGUAACGCCAUGCCAACGCCCAAGCAGAUUGUGUACAGCGGACAGCCGGUGGUAAAGGUGGCUUGUGGAGCGGAGUUCAGCAUGCUGGUGGACUGCAAGGGUAAUCUGUACUCAUUCGGCUGCCCAGAGUAUGGACAGCUGGGCCACAACACGGACGGCCGCUUCCUCGCGUGCGCCAACCGGCUGGAGUUUGUGUGCGAGUUGGCACCGCGCCGCGUGCUAGUGUUCACGGAGCGCACGCGUGACGGGAAGGUGAACACCGUGCCGGCCGUGUGCGUCACCGACAUCGCCUGCGGGUCCAACCACACGCUGGUGCGAGACAGCCAGCGCCGUGUGUUCUCCUGGGGAUUCGGAGGCUACGGUCGGCUCGGCCACUCAGAGCAGAAGGACGAGAUGCUGCCUCGACUCGUCAAGAUGUUUGACUUCCCCGGCCGGGGCGCCGCGAGCGUGCAUGCCGGCUGCAGCUGCUCCUUCGCCAUCAUCGAGACUGGGGCACUCUAUUUCUGGGGUACCUCAAGCACCAUGCGCGAGUCCACCAUGUACCCCAAGCCCGUGAUGGACCUCGCCGGAUGGAAGAUACGCAGUCUGGCAUGCGGGAAGAGCAGCGUUAUGGUGGCGGCUGAUGAGAGUACCAUCAGCUGGGGUCCAUCUCCUGCUUUUGGGGAACUGGGGUAUGGUGACGGAAAACAGAAAUCAUCUACCAUUGCCAAGGAGGUGAAGCCCUUGGAUGGUAUCUACAUUGAGCAGGUGGCCAUGGGGCUUUCCUUCACGCUAAUGGUUGCCCGGGAUAAAGGAGAGGAUGACGAGCAACGGAUCUUGAAGCUGCCCGAGUACAACCCCCGCGACUUGUAGCUGCUCCCAGAGCUGCCGCAUGAGCCACUCUCCGCAUGAGGGCCUUCUCCAUAAUUACUAAUUACAAAUAAUUACUGGCCACCCAGCACAGCCUCUCAGCAUGUGGGGAAGGCCCUCAUGUUGCCAAAUUUGUCUGGAUUAAUUAGAAAUAAUUACUACAAUUGUUUAUCUUUAAUGUCAAUAAGAAUGAGAUAUCAAUAUGUGUAUGCAUGCUGUGUGUACACACGUAAUGGCCUGGAUCUCUUGGUCUCUCUGGCUUCGUCUACAUUAUGAAAGCGGUGAUUCUUCACAUCCUGCUUUCUUAUGUGAUAUCUAUACAUUCCAGAGGCCUUGAAGUGUUUUUUCGCAGUUGAUAAACAUUGCAAAAAAAAGUGAUAGUUUUCAAAGUGUUAGAUGUCAUAUACAGGUAUUUGCAAAUUGGGUGAGAGUGGUUGGUGAGAGGUUUUUAUUGUUCCCUUGCUGUUAUGACCUUGGACCAGUUAAUAUUCUUGUGUUUAGACCACGUGGUGGCAUAUAUUGACGUGCUACAGAUUUUAUGAAGACCUGAUGUUUAGCGUUGUUUUAUAAUGUAACGGAGUGCCUUUGCACGUCGCUCCUAGGCAGCUCUAGAAUUCAUCGUUUUCAACUCAGGGUUUUGUACGUGACUGGCGGCGGAACACGGCAGCUCUCUGUGGCCUUACUCCCAUCGCUAUUCGCUGUGCGUUUCAUUCAGGAGUGACUUGUUACGGUGUGGAAUGAGGUGACGAAAUGUACCGAAGAGUCAAAGGGGAAGAACUCUUACCCAACCGUGCAGCCCAUGGCGUUCCCCGACUAUGCAGGGAAGGCCCAGAUGUUGCCACUGGUGUCAAGACAGGACAUCGUUUUUUUGGCCUUGAUAAGUCUGCUAAGUACAGCCAGUCUGACUCAACUGUGAGACACCAUCGGUUUCUACAUCCAACAUUGAUCAUUCACAGUCUUUUGUCAAUCCACUGCUGGAUGAAGGCCUCCUCAUGCAGUGUCGGUUAUACUUCACACUGAUCAGUGCGGCUUGGUGGAAGAGGGAACCCAGGACCAGAACAGAUAUCACCAUUGAUGCUGUAAAUCAAACUGAGGUCACUGGGUUCAUAGCACAAUGUGUUAACUACUGUGACACCAUUCCAUCUUCUGGCAUUAGGAGACGGCUGCAUUACCAGUGCUGCACAUACCCAUCAGCAGCUUACCAUAUAAGAAUAAAUAGACUUUAAUUCAGCUAAAGGCUGAACAUUGCCAGGACAGAUCCAGCAUUAAUGUUAAUGCUACGCCCCAAAGAGGCUAAAUGGCAGUGUACACACAUUUAAUUACUCGUGUAAGAAUAUUUUCAGGUUAUAUGUGUUGCCUGUACUUGACCCCUUCACAAGAUAUCGCUUACAUUCACUGCAAUGUUUAAAAAUGAUUGAAUCGUGACUCCUAUUCACAAUUCGUUAAAUUGCAAUGGGUUUUUUUGUUAUUGCACCCUAAGACUAUCCCUUAGGAUAAGACCAGGGGGGGGGUGUAAUUCAUAAGGGUAGUCAGGGCUUGCUAGGGGGAGUGCACAGGGUACAACAAUACUUCACAAUGAAUGUAGACCACAGCCGUCGCUCAUUUUGGUAUUUUGGCAAUUGCAAUUUGAAAUGUGACAGACAUGGAUGCGUUGUUGGGUUUAAACUUUAAUAAAUGUGUUUUUUGUACUUUCACAGAA